AUGGCGCAAUUGCGAGCACAGGGCAGCUACGGCAUCGGCGCGCCGGCGCCCUUUGGCGGAGACAUCGAUCAGAGGGUGGAACAGAGUCCUCUGGACACCAUCCGCCAGCAAACCAGCAAGAUUGAGGAUCUUUUGGAUACCCUCAGCGAGCCUAUCAAGCCCUUCCUUCCCGCCAUUGGCCGCUUCCUCAUCGUCGUGACCUUUAUCGAAGACGCUCUCAGAAUAAUAACACAAUGGAACGACCAGCUUCUUUACCUCCAUGACUACCGUCACAUUCCCUCCGGUCUCACCCACCUCUUCCUGAUCGCCAACGUUAUCGUCAUGGCCAUCUGCUCAACCCUCGUCAUCAUCCGCCGGCAUUCCGAGUACGCCGUCUGCGGUCUUAUGGGUGUAGUUGUCACGCAGGCUCUCGGGUACGGUCUCAUCUUUGACCUCAAUUUCUUCCUGCGUAACCUGUCGGUCAUGGGUGGUCUCCUGAUGGUUCUCUCCGACUCGUGGGUGCGCAAGACCAAGGCCUUUGCCGGACUUCCCCAGCUCGAGGAGAAGGACCGCAAGAUGUACUUCCAGCUCGCCGGUCGUGUUCUGCUCAUCUUCCUCUUCAUCGGCUUCGUUUUCUCUGGCGAGUGGUCCGUUCUCCGCAUCAUUGUCAGCUUGUUGGGCCUGGCCGCCUGCGUGAUGGUUGUUGUUGGAUUCAAGGCCAAGUUCAGCGCCACCUUGUUGGUCGUCAUUCUCAGCGUGUUCAACGUGAUUGUGAACAACUUCUGGACUCUCCACGAGCACCACCCUCACAAGGACUUCGCCAAGUACGAUUUCUUCCAGAUUCUCUCCAUUGUCGGUGGUCUCCUCCUGCUGGUCAACAGCGGCCCCGGCCAGUUCAGCAUCGACGAGAAGAAGAAGGUGUACUAG